CUAAAAAAUACUAAUACUGGAGCCGGAAUAUUAAUUUAUUUCCAUCGUGAUUUAUAUAGUAAUCACUGAAAUAGUUUAAUACGCACUGACGAGAGUUAAUGAUAAUUAGCAUAGGAUCUUUUAGAAGGUUUUGGUCGUCAUUCAACAAUGUCUUUACCUGUGAGUCGGCGAAUUUUUUCAUGUUUUCGAACAUGUAGAAGUCUGCAGCUCGUAGUCAGAACUGUUGCUAACGGAGCUACGAGUACUACGAGAGUUACGGACACCACAAGAGCUACCGAUACUGGAGAAAAUACGCCGUCAGUUAAAGACCGUUCAGAAAGAGCUACAUCUACUCCUGCAUCAGAUACUAUGAGUGCGGCAGUCUUAAAACAAUUUGGUUCUGCACUAACUGUCGAAACCAUUCAACAACCUAAAAUAUUAAAAUCGAACGAGGUUCUUGUUGAUGUACAUUAUUGCGCUUUAAAUGGAAUAGAUGUAUUGAUAAGUAAAAAUUUACAUAAAUGCACACAAAAUCCACCAUUUGUUUUGGGUUUCGAAGUGGUAGGUGAGAUAGUCGAACUUGGCGAUGAUGCUUCAAAGAAUAGUUACAAGGUUGGUGAUAAGGUGGCUGUGCUGAAUAAGGAACGAUUUGGUGGACUUGCUGAUCGGUGUAUAGCAGAAAUUGGAGACGUGUGGAAAAUACCAUCCAACGUGAAGAUGCUAGAUGCUGUCUGUUCACUUGAAAAUUAUAUUACAUCAUUAAUUGGAUUAGAAAAACAUGCUGAUCUUGAAGAAGAGGAUAUGAUUUUAAUAAAUGUUGGUGUAGGAAGUAUUGGUCUGGCAGCAGCUGAUCUUGCUGCAAAUGUAUUUAGGGCUAAGGUGAUAGGCGUAUGUGCCACAGAAGAUCUGGCAACUUUGGUCCGUGAGAGAGGGGCUCAUGCAGCACUUAAAUACAAUGAUAAAAAAUUAAUGAAGCACAUUUCAGUAGUUGCUGCAGAAAGAAACAUAAAAUCUAUUUUCGCCGAUGCCGAAGGUGCACAAUUCAAGAAGGUACUAGAUCGUUUCACCGACAUCUACAAGUCGAAGUCUUUGUUAACGGAUAUGUUACGGAAUGACAACUUUGCUGUUGUAGUUCAGCAUUUAUCUCGAGAAGGGCGCGUGAUAGUGGCCGGUGUCGCUGUGACAGAAGUUGAUCCUCAGCUCGAGCCAGAGAAGGAAUCGUUCAGUUUAAGCGGUAUCAGUUUGCAGAAGUACAGACAGAAAGAUCACAUGUUGUAUCGACAAUAUGGCGAGGACGUGUUACAGUUCUUGGAAGAAGGCCUAAUAAGUCCGGAGCGUUCCCUAAUCAUCGGACUGUCCAGUAUAAAUGAUGCUUUAGAAACAGUUGCCGAGUUGAAAACACCAGGAAAGAUCGUCAUAGACAUUAAAAACAAGGAGACCAAAAAAGAUCUCAAACAGUAGGCGAAAUAUCACCAGAGCAUGAAUCCUAACAAAGUCGGUGCCUUGAGUCCUUUCCGUCGACGCAUGACUGAAGGAAAGAGAAGCUUCACUCGAAUUGUUACAUUCUUCUCUACGAACAAAGGAAUCUCGUACGAGUACCGAAAGCUUCAAAAUUUCGCUACGAGAGAAGAGUACUGGUACGAUGCAACACUAUCAUCGAGCAUCGCAUGAUUUAAUGCACGUAUUACUGAGUUUCUCUUUCAACGAUACUCGGCAAGUAUCAGUUUUUUUUUACAUUAGUUAGGAUAAUGUAAUGUAACGACAUUAGCUAUAAUAAACGCGACAAAUAAUGGCA